AUGGCCGAAACCGCAGCUGUCGACUACACUUUGGCGAACCCAGAUACUAUCACCAAGUACAAGGUCGCCGCCGAAAUCUCCCAGAAAGUCCUCAAGGAAGUCUCCGGAUGGAUCGCCGCCGAUGCCAGCAUUGUCGAGCUCUGUGAGCGCGGUGACAAGCUCCUAGACGAGGAGGUUGCCAAGGUCUACAAGGGCAAGAAGGUCGUGAAGGGCAUUGGACACUGCACCACCAUCUCCCCGAGCGCCUAUAUCACUCCGUACACACCACUCAAGUCCGACACCGAGGAAGCCGCCACGACACUGAAGGAGGGAGAGGUUGUCAAGAUCCAGUUGGGUGCCCAGAUCGAUGGCUUCUGCGCAAUUGUUUGCGACAAUGUCAUUGUUGGCGCCGCUGAGGAAGUCACCGGACGCGAGGCAGAUCUCAUUCUGGCUACACACUACGCCAACGAGCUCCUGCUCAGGUUGAUGGUACCUCCAAGCUUGAUCCCCCACAGCGAUGAGGAGGAGCAAAAGAAGGCUGCAACAAAGAAGCCCUACACCCAGAGCCAGAUGACCAACAUGCUUGAGAAGGUUGUCAAGGCCUACGGCUGCAACCUCGUCGAGAGCACUACCAUCUGGCAAUUCGACCACAACGAGAUAGAAUCCAAGAAGAAGAUCAUCCUUGCGCCUGGUGAAGGUGUCAGGGGUGACGGUCUUCCUGAGGUCGGUGAGGUGUGGGGUGUUGAGAUGGGUGUCAGUCUCGGAAGCGGCAAGGUCAAGAACAAUGGCAACAGGACUACUCUGCACCGACGUACGGCUACCACCUAUCAGCUCAAGCGUCCUACCUCGCGAAGCCUCCUGUCUGAAGUAGUCAAGAAGUUCGGUACCUUCCCCUUCAGUCUGCGACAGCUGGAGGACGAGAAGGGCGCCAAGGUUGGUGUUGUCGAGUGUGUUCGUACUGGUGUACUUCGCCAGUACGAAGUCGUCGUUGACAAGGACAACCAGCCCGUAGCUAGGGUGUUCUCAACUGUUGCAAUCACCAAGAACGGAAUGCAGCGCCUAGCUCAACCUACUGCCAUUGACACUUCCAAGUACAAGUCUGACAAGAAGAUCGAGGACGAGGAGAUCCUCAAGAUUCUGGAACAGCCUAUUGGCAAGACUUCAGCAAAGAAGAACAAGAAGAAGAAGAAGAAGCCUGCCAAGAAGGCCGCUGAGGGCGGUGCCGCCGCUGAAGAGGAGGAGGACGAUGAUGACGAAGAGUAG